AUCUAGAAAUUUAUAAUAUAGUUUUAGGAUAAUCUAAAAAAAUGAAUAUAUAGUUAUUUGUUUAUUCUUGAAAUUCAAGUCUAAUUGGAGUUCAUCUUGAACUUUCCUCAUUGCACUCAAAGACUCCAGCGUUGUCUUCUUUAAUUGCAUCAAGUAUUUUUUAAGAGUCGAUGCGGCUUUUAAGUGCUUCCUUUCGCGUGAGCAGUUCCAAAGGUGUUGAAUCGUCAUAUCUUCCAUCCUCAAUUGAACCUCCAAUGACAUCAGCCACAAUUUCUUCUAACGUUUGUGGCGCAAUAAAUUCAUCAUUUUCACCUAAAUACUUCAACAAAUCACUUACAUCCAUCUUGUUAUGAACUUAUAACAAUAAGCAUCACAUGGACUUCGGUCGCUGGGCCGCAGAGGGAGGCCGUAGCCGACCGAGGCGGCGACGGAGAGGAGUUGGCCGCCGAGGCGGCGACGGAGAGGAGCUGGCCGACCUAGGAGACGACGGCGGGGAGCUGGAAGGCGACAUAUGGGACCAGAUCUGGACAUUCAGUGGUCGAAAUCGAAGAAGCAGAUGGCACCUGAUUUGGACAUGCAGUGGCCAAAAUCGAAGAAGCGUAUUGCGCUAGAUGUGGCCAUUUAGUGGCCUAGGUUGAAGAUGAUGAAGAAUCUCUUGAAUCGGACAAGGACUACUGAAACCUCGUCUGCUCGUCGCUUUCUCCCAAAUCGGAGCAACUCGGUCUUCGACCAGCGGCCAUUGGCGGCGUCUUUCUCCGGUGAGUGGUGGACUGGUGCCUGGCGGUUGUCCACUGUCUCGGCGGCUCAACCUCUUUCGUUAGGGACAUAGUUUGUAAAGAAUGGGGGUUGGAAAGGAACGAGGAUGGAGAGGUAGGAGUGAGUUCGUGAGGUAAGCGGGGGAGAAGGAUGAGAACUAAGCCUUAUACGCCAUCGUAUUUGGUGGGGGUUUCGGUUGACCAGCUAACCGCCGGCUACUUGCCGCGUACAGGUCUGUUUAACGAAUGUGCCUUUUCCUCCACCGAUUACUGAUACCCUCGGUUAAUGGUGUAACCGGUUAUCAUCAAAUACUGGUUCGGUAACUGAUUAAGCCGUUAACCGGGUACCCGAAUACCACCCCUAGACUAUAGGGUUGUUAAUGUAUCUUUAUUCUUUUUAUUUUUGGUUUCAUGGCUGUUAUGUAAUGUUAUAUAUCGUUUGUAAAAUAUAAUAGUAAAAUCUGG